AAAUACGCGUCCACGUCUUGAGAAAUUUCUCUUCACCUUCGUCACGAAUUCUCUGUAUAAACAUAAAUUCGCCCAAUCAAGAUUUGCUUAUACUUUUCUGACAAAACCUGUGUGGUCUAAAAUUCAACACCCAUGGCUUCUGUUUACAGUUGUGCUGAAUGCAAUAGAAACUUGAAUUUACAAACAAUCAAUCUUUUUCCAUCUGAUUUCUAUUUCGAGGCAGGUAACAAAGGAACUUUAUCAUUCGCAGUGAUUGAUGAAUCAAAACUGAAGCUAGAAAAAGAAGACAAAAUCAGACCCUUUUUUGAGACUGUUAAUUACUGGGGAAUUCAGAGGAAGAGAAUCAAGAUGAAGUGCAAAAACUGUAGAUAUCUACUUGGGUAUGUUUAUGAUGAUGGACCUCCACUUACAAACAGUACUGGACAGUUUCAUAUGGGACCUAGCCAGGUUAUUGCAAGGGAUCCAAGGUUUAGAUUCAAGACCAAAGCUCUCAAGAUUACAACUGAAACUUAGUUAUUUCUUCUUCUUUUUCUUUCAGUUGUUUGGUAUGGUGUAUAUAUGGAAAUACUACAGUUUCAGUUUGUUUUUUCCUCUCUCUGGUGUUAUUUUUUUUGGUUGUGUACUCUGAUUGCCAUCUUUGUACUAGCAAAUUGUUGAAAUUUGCUAUGGUAUUUGAGGAAUUUGCAUUGAGAUUUUGGUGCUAGCAAACACUUUUGGUA